CGUUUGCCGUGUUCAGCUGUUACUGCAGGAGGCAUGAAAAAGGAACUGAGACUAACCGGUGGAGAAAACAAAUGCAGCGGCAGAGUGGAACUGAAGAUCCAGGAGAAGUGGGGAACAGUGUGCGGGAACGGCUGGAGCACAAAGGAGGUGUCCGUGGUUUGCCGGCAGCUGGGAUGCCCAACUUCUAUCCAAGCCCUUGGAUGGGCUAACUCCAGUGCAGGCUCUGGACACAUCUGGAUGGAUAAGGUUUCCUGUACAGGGAAUGAGUCAGCUCUUUGGGACUGCAAACAUGAGGGCUGGGGAAAACAUAACUGUACCCAUGAGCAAGAUGUUGGAGUGACCUGCUCAGACGGAUCCAAUUUGGAGAUGAAACUGGUGAACAACAGGGCCCAGCGAUGUCUAGGAAGGGUAGAGGUGAAGUUCCAGGGAAAGUGGGGAACAGUGUGUGACGACAACUUCAGCAAAGACCAUGCCUCUGUGAUCUGCAAACAGCUCGGAUGUGGAAGUGCCAUUAGUUUCUCUGGCUCAGCUAAAUUUGGAGCUGGUUUUGGACCAAUCUGGCUUGACGAUCUGGCGUGCAGUGGGAAUGAGUCGGCUCUCUGGGACUGCAAACAUGGAGCGUGGGGAAAGCAUAACUGUGACCAUGCUGAGGAUGUUGGAGUGAUCUGCUUAGAGGGAGCAGACCUGAGCCUGAGAGUGGAGGAUGGAAUGUCCAAAUGCUCAGGAAGAUUGGAAGUGAAAUUCCAAGGAGAAUGGGGGACCGUGUGUGAUGAUAGUUGGGAUAGUCAAGAUGCUUCUGUGGUGUGUAAGCAACUGGGAUGUCCAACUGCUAUCACUGCCAUUGGUCGAGUUAAUGCCAGUGAAGGUACUGGACCUAUUUGGCUUGACAGUAUUUCCUGCAAAGGAGAUGAAUCAGCUCUUUGGGAGUGUAAACAUCAGGAAUGGGGAAAGCAUUACUGUCAACACAGAGAAGACGCUGGUGUGACUUGCUCUGAUGGGUCAGAUCUGGAACUGAGACUUGUAGGUGGAGGCGGUCGCUGUGCUGGGAUUGUGGAGGUAGAGAUUCAGAAGCUGGUAGGAAAGAUGUGUAGCCGAUCCUGGACCCUGAAAGAGGCUAAUGUGGUCUGUAGACAGCUUGGAUGUGGAUCUGCACUCCAGACACAGUCUAUAAUCUACUCCAAAAGUAAGGCGACAGAUACGUUUCUCUCCCCUGGCACUUGUAGUGGAAAUGAAACCUCUCUUUGGCAAUGCAAAAACUGGCAGUGGGGCGCCCUUUCCUGCGACCACUCAAAAGAAGCCCAAGUUACCUGUUCAGGUAAGACUUUCAAUUCCUCUGUUAAGAAGCAGCUUAAUUCCAAGGAUGCUACAGCUAUCGUGUCCAUGACUUACUUUGUUUGUUUGUUUUGCGUUUGUUUUUUCAACAUCAAUUGUUCAUUCUCAGAACUCUUUUACUAUGGAGAGGUUAAGAUAUGGAAUCUCCGUGUUCAGUAA